CACCCUCUCCCCUGCACCCCGGGACAUGGCACUUCGGCACGUGGUCCUCCUGGCUGGCCUCCUGGCAGAAGUUGCCAGCAAAUCCUCAGAAAGUGCGGGCCAGCAGCCCCAGUGUUGUGUGCCUGCACGGGACACCAAUGCUACCUGCCUAGGCACCAGUCUGUGUGGCCCAGGCUGCUAUAGACUCCCCAGCGAGGAUGGAAGUACCCGCUGCGUGCAGUGCUGGAAUGGAACCUUCCCAACCAAUGGCUCCGCGUGCCGCGUCUCUGCUGGCCAGGACGGGCACUUCCCAGUGAACCGGAGCACGGCCACCCCCAGACAGCUGGACCUCGGGGCGUCUCACGUGGCAGCCUCCCUCUUCCUGGGCACCUUCCUCAUCAGCUCUGGCCUCAUCCUCGCCGUGGCUGGGUGGUUCUACCUCAAGCGUGCCAGUAAGCUGCCCAGAGCCUUCUGCGGAAGAGACAAAGCCGCCGCCCUGCAGCCUCCGCAAGUGGCUGCGAUGAUGCCCCCUCCGCGGCUCUCAGUGCGGAAGCCUCGUUAUGUCAGGCGGGAGCGCCCCUCGGGCAGAGCCACGAGCCCCGCUGCCCUCUCCGAAGGGGCCGGAGUCAGCACCGUCUGAUGGACUCGCAGCUCCACCCCGCACCCAAAGGCGCCUCGAUACCUGCUGUGGCCCAGCGCAGAUCAUGCUCAUCUUGAGGAUUGCACCGCUGUGUUCCGUGCAUUGUGCCCCUGGUCUCAGGGGUCCCAGCCGGUGCCUCCCCAUCUCCAGUGUUCGAGUUGGCAGCUCCCUGUCUGCCCUGGGUUCAUUUGUGACAGAAAUGCAAUGAACGGUCCAGCCAAGCCUGUUCUUUGCCACGCUGCACCUUUGCCCCAGGGCCCAGCACCAGAUGGAGACCCCUGCAGGCGCAUUUCAGCAAAUGCGUGCAUGGGCUCCCGUGGCCGCAGAGCUUAGACCAGCUUCCUCAGCUUCCUCCUGGAAGGACACAGAACAGGAACAGGCACCCUAGCCCAGGUCACCGUGCAGG